UCAGUAGACAUUUCUUAGCAGUUUUCGAGAGUCCAAGUUUCUAUGAAUGUGCCAGUAACAUCAGUUUUGUAAUACAUCUUUAAAUUUAUAUGUUUAAUAAUACCGCACAUGAAAAUGACGUCGAGAAAGAGACCGCAUGAGCGCGAAGAAACUGAAACGCGCACAAUUAAAUCACUCCCGGCACCAACAUUUUCGAAGGUUGAACCAGCGCCAUUCAGUGAGGAUGAACAGGCAUUGGCAGCAUUGGAUCUUUGUGACUAUUCCUUAAAAGUUACACUUGAAAUGGCCCAGAGUGACACAGCGCAUCGCCCCGUUAGAGUUUAUGCGGACGGGAUUUAUGACCUUUUUCAUCAGGGACACGCACGGCAGCUCAUGCAAGCCAAGCGAAUUUUCCCAAAUGUCUACCUUCUAGUAGGAGUCUGCAGUGACAGUUUAACCCACGAAAAUAAAGGUCGAACAGUCAUGGAUGAAAACGAGCGCUACGAGGCUGUUAGGCACUGUCGGUACGUCGAUGAAGUGGUUCGAGAUGCCCCUUGGACUCUGGACGAUGAGUUUCUAAACAAACAUAAGAUUGACUUCGUAGCCCAUGAUGAGAUUCCAUACUCGGCAGGAAGUAGUGACGACAUUUAUGCCCACAUAAAAGCUAGAGGGAUGUUUGUAGCAACUGAACGAACAGAGGGUGUGUCAACUUCUGAUGUUGUAGCGCGUAUCGUCAAAGACUACGAUGUUUAUGUUCGACGAAAUUUGGCCCGUGGGUACUCUGCAAGAGAACUAAACGUUGGUUAUAUCAAAGAAAAAACCUUUCGCUUACAAAACAAAAUGGACGAGCUAAAAAACAAGGGCAAAAAAGUCAUUGAAAAUAUCGGAGAAAAAAGGCAAGAUUUAAUCCAGAAAUGGGAAGACAAGUCGAAGGAGUUCAUUGGCAAUUUUUUGCUUUUGUUUGGACGCGAAGGAAGAAUCUCCCAUUUUUGGAACGAGGGAAAAGGGCGAAUCCGGCAAGCACUAUCACCCCCUUCGAGUCCACCUCGCAGUCUAAACGCAUCAUCGUCUUCACGUCGUCAUUACGAUUCAGGCCCACCAACAAAGAUGGUGCGGUACGAAGAAUGUGCUGAUUAUUCAAGCGAUGACGAUAGUGGUGGUUCGAGCCAAGACGAAACGGGUGAUGAGGUUGACGAAAGUCGCCAUGAUAGAAAAAUUUUCGAAAAAGUUGGCGAUGUAGCUGAAUCUAAUGGUGGAACCAAAACAACAUUUUAAUAAUAGCUUGCUCGUUACUUUUUUUCCCAAAGUUUUAUUGGGCAAGUUUACUGUUGCAAUUUGCCUGUAUAGCAAAGUAUGACAGAUUGAGUAAAAAAAAUUUUAGAGAUAAUUUUUUUAGGCCACUCAAGUCUGAAGAGGGUAACUACCAAAAACUUGCAAUGCCUGUUGAUUUUGAGCAUAUAAUAUAACAUUGUUCUGAUCA